AUGGCCGACGCUGCCGAGCCUGCGCAGGGUCUCGAAGCCCCUCCUCGCGAUGGCGCAAAGCCAACUGCCCCCGACACCAGCGUCGCACAAGCUGGCGAGAAUGAACUUCUUCUGUCGCAAGCCGAAAAGCAAGAUGCCGCCGCCGAAGCGAUAACGAAGCAGACAAUGGACGACAUUCCUGUGCCUGCGCAAUCGAGUAGCAAAGAGGAGUCUGUCUUAUUGACUAAAGGCCUGAACUUCCUAGCGAAGGCAUCCCCUACGACGCUAGCCGGCAUUGCAGUCGGCUUUGCAGGUGUCACAUAUGCGAUCCUUGGCCAAUUUGGCUUGCUUGUCAUCGGUGCGGUGGGAGGUGCCGCCGCCUUCGUGGUCUGGGAAGGUCGCAACCCAAACAUUGCUCGAACCGUCCGCGGCGAGAAAGGCCCUGAUGCGCUGGAACGCAUUUGGAUUGAUCUCCAGACUACUAGGGUCAUUGAAGAGGAGAACGAGAGUGAUAAGGGAGAUCAACUCAUUUUCAAAGGCUUCGACGACUUCCGACCGGAAACCCGCGAGGCUUUGAGCGGCCUUGUCGAUACAAUAAUAAAGGAUUACGUCAAAUGGUGGUACAGCCCUAUCAUCCCGACCGAUCACUCGUUCCCUCUUGCUUGCCGCAAGACACUCACAUCAUACAUCCUAGCCGUCUCGAAUCGUAUGGCUAGGAAACGACCCGCCGACUCUUUUCUCGAUCUCCUUACCAAUUCUUCCUCAAUCGCUAUCGCUUUCAUGUCAGAGCUCGCGGCAGCCUUCGCCGAUGUGCCAGCCGAGUCAAAAAUGACUGCUGUCGAUGCUGUUUAUACAUAUCUUGCCUCAAAUACGGAUUCACGGCUGGCGAACUUGCUGAACCAAAAGCAGCAAGCCGCCAAAUUCAAAAUGGUUGCGGAUGACCUGCUUUCUUUUAUGGAACCCAGUGCUUACAACUGCGACCCAGCUCGUGCUCUUCUGAGAGAAGUUCUCGCCAACACAGUCUUGGAAAGCUUGCUGCAGACGUGCAGCAAGCCCGAGUGGAUCAAUGGCUGGAUUGUGUAUCUUUUAGAGGCAGGAGAGCCGGACAUCAACCAGGCGAUCGACGUGGGUAUGCAACGGGGCCGAGAUACUGCCAAUAAUAUUUUUGCAGAUAUUGAUGGGAACGUUGGAAACAUAGGCAUUGCCAAACCUGCAAGUCGCUCUUCCGGAGAGUUUGAGCGCGGUAGGAGAAAGGAAGUUCAAGUGCACAGGAAGCGGCUUAGCAAAGCUGACGAAGAAGUCGAAGUGGCAAUUGAAGAGAUGAAGCGCAUGAGCGGGAUGAUGGAAGACGCUGAGGAUGGUAGGCGAUCGAUUGCCAAUGAUUCGGGAACUCCAUCCAAACAAAGCAUCGAUCCGUUUUCCACUGACGAGGCCACCUCCAACCGCAAAGUUGGACCGGGAGCAGAGGAUUCGACACCUCCACUUGCUCAAGGUCGCUCUUCCCCGUUUGGAACUUCUAUUGAUGGCGCAAGCGAGCCAGCCUUUACCCCUGUGACUCCGCGCUCGACUAUUGACACAUCAAGUCAGAAUUCUUCAUCACCAAAGCCUGAACGCAGAGACAGUCAGCCCUUCACCAAUUUUGACCAGAUUGUACCCGCAGCAGAACCUGAACAACAGGAGGAAAACGCGCCCAAGAAGGCUCCGUUGACCCUCCAUAAUGCUUCUUUUACGCUUCACGACGACGCGACUGGCGACACUGCCAAGAUUCGAAGUAAACCAAACUGGGACUACUUGAUUCAAGUUGAACCGUCUUCGGCUGGACACACUGGAUGGAUGAUCGUGAGAAGAUAUUCUGACUUUGAGACACUGCAUGAAAUUCUUCGACGAAUCGCGACGGUAUCUGGUGCUACUGCUUUUACCGAGCUACACAAGGAGCUACCGAGCUGGAAAAUUCAUAGCAGAGAAUCGCUACGUGGCGAGCUGGAACGCUAUUUGCGUGAUGCCUGCUGGUAUCAAUCUCUCGCCGAGAGCGAAGGCAUGAAAAGAUUCCUUGAAAAGUCGCAGGGCCAUACGCAUGGCAACAGCAAGACAUUUGCCUGGGAAUCUGUGGGCAAAAACAUGCUCGAUGUUCUUUCGAUUGCGCCGAAGGGUGCUAUGGAGGGUGGAAAGACACUGGUCGAUGGCGUUACUGGCGUCUUUGGAAACUUUCCUGGCAUUGGCAAGAAGGCUCCAAGUCAAUCUAUUGAUCUGACGCCAAGUAAGCGCCUUUCGCUCUCAACACCAGUCAGAACAGACACACUCAAAACAUCACCUGCGAGAUCGGAACGUGCCAGUAUAGAUAGCCAGCGGUCUUCUGUUGUCUCUACCCAACCUGGCAAGAUGCCCAUGAUGGAACGUCGUCCAAGCCUUCAGUUCCAGAGUGACAACGAGGCAGAUAUGACUCGCGUGGGGCGUUCUGAGCGCCUGGAUUCUACAGCAUCUGCCUCCAUUAGCGCUCGACCAAGCAGAGAACAUAGUAGGGCCUCAAGCUUGGCGCCGCCGCUGCGGUCUCCGUCGUCCAUCAGCUUGGAGUACGUUAAGCUGCCGCCUCCACCGGAUGAGAUGACCGACGACUACGAAUCACAUUUGAAUGGCGAGAUGGUCGCGGUAAACGAGAUUGUUCAUAGCAAAACCCACUCUAUUGGACAUAUGUCUCAGCCCUCGAUAGGAUCCACGCAAGGCUCCGCAACAAAUGGGAAGAAGUCGGCUGUCCGACCGAUUAAGGCUCACUCGAAACUUAGCGAGGGCGAAACGAGAGUUGCUGUGGAGUUGAUCUUUGCUGUGAUCAAUGAGAUGUACACUCUUUCCUCGGCGUGGAACAUUCGCCGUACCUUACUCACGGCUGCGAAAUCGUUCCUACUUCGGCCUGGAAACCCGUCUCUGCUUACUGUGCAGACUCUCAUCCAGUCUUCUGUGCUCGACGCGUAUACCGCGGAUGCUGGCAUCGCAGAACAGCUGCGCAAAGUGCGGGAAAACAGCAUGCCCACGGAGGAAGAGCGUGCUGCCUGGCCGGCGGAGCUGACGAACGAAGAGAAGGAGCAAUUGGCCGCCAAGGCGCGCAAGCUGUUGAUCCAGAGCGGAGUGCCGGCAGCCCUGAUGGGUGUCAUGGGUCAGGCUGCCACGGGGGAAGCGCUGGGUCGUGUAUUUGACUGCCUCCAAAUCGAGGAAGUUGCGCGGGGCCUCAUUUUCGGCCUUAUUCUGCAGGCUGUGAAAGUACUCACUCACUGA